GUUGGCCAUGGAGGGUAAACAAGGAAAUGAAAAUCACAUGAAUUUGACAGCUAGAGAAACUCGACUAAAGUCAUGUUUUCUGUGUUUUUUGUGCAUGGAUCGAUUAGAUUCAUAUCCCUGGUCAAUCUUUAGAUAUUGCUGAUUUUCUGCCUUGCGGCCCACUUCAAAUCCUAAAUGUCUGAAGGACUGGCGAGAAGUCCGAGCAAGGCCAAGCAUGAGAAUGAUCAGCAACGACUCACUGAGUUUCAACCCCUGAGUUCUGAGGUUAAGCCAUCCGGGGGAUUCCUCUCUCGCCUAUUGAAGAGAAGCAAAGAUGAGAGAAAGAGUCCAAAAAGCUCACCGUCGAAGGCAUCACCGAAAAGAAGCCCAAGUCCAGGCGUCACUUUCCGAGUCGAAUACAAGGAUGUGGACACAGACGUGUUUGAGGCUGAUGACUCGCCCAGCAGGACACCAAAGAGUGAGGAUUCUGGAAGUGAUGUCUCCAAGGAUUCUACCCCAUCAGUGGAGAGUGCGGGGUCGACUGUGCCUCAGAUUAGAACCCUUUCAAAUGUCCUCAGGAGGUUAGGCAGUAUUCUCGACCGGAAAGGACAGACUUUGCAAGCGUACCGCGACAGUGACUUCAAACAGUAUUGGAUGCCGGACGACACCUGCAAAGACUGCUACGAAUGCGGAGAUAAAUUUACGACGUUUCGACGUCGACAUCACUGUCGGAUAUGCGGCCAGAUUUUUUGCAGCCGGUGCUGCAACCAGGAGGUCCCCGGCAGGAUAUUCGGGUACACGGGUGACCUGCGCGUCUGUACUUAUUGUUGCAAAGUCGUACUAAAUUACGCCCAGCAGACGGACUCGUCUGGUGACCUUCGAGCAUUAAGGGAAGAUCUCAAAUCCCUAGCGAACAUCGAGAGUGAAGGUGGGGCUUACCAGGAAUUCGGACGAUGGACGCCAAGUAGAAAAAGAAACACGGGACCAGAUGAGGAGUGUUUAGGACCAACAAGGUCUGGUAGCCUCAGCGAGCCCCUGACAAGACAGGUGACUCCGUUUGACAUCACCCCCCAGUCUGAGUACAGGUCGAUGGAAACCAUGAAUAUAGAGAGGAGAAUACUCACUAAGGAUUCGGCCCAGUUGCGAGAACUUUGGAACCAGAUGCAGCAGUUGGAAGAGGGUAUCCAGUUUCAGAGCCACCGUCUCCGCUUGCGCACGUACCACAAUUGUUUCUCCGGGAAGGAGCUCGUUGAUUGGCUAAUUCAAAGAGACAAGGUCACAACACCGGUGCAAGCGAUAGCUAUUGGCCAAGCUCUGCUGGACGCCAGGCUGAUAACAGGUGUUAAUGUUGGAGACCAAUUAUUCCGGGAUGAAUACGUGUUGUAUAAAGCUGCCCAACGAGAGAGUCCAACACAAUCGGCCACCCUGAUUGAAACAAUCAUCGUUGAAGAUGAGUUUGAGCCUAACUGGACGAAGGAUAUAAAACAGGAGGGAGACGACCAUGCAAAAAAGAAUGUUUGUUUUCUAAGACGGCCAACCAUAGUCAUUGACAGUUCACUUGAAGAUGAUAAGAUCACCACCGAGAUUGAACCGGCGGAGGUUGUCAGCGCACGCGCCGAGGAACAAUCGACCUUGGCUUUCUACGACACCUUCGGCUCCACGCCACCCUCCGGUAACAGCUUCAUAGAACGUCCGAAAACACUCCGGAACGUUUCUAUUUCUUCUGAAAAAAGUCUCAAGGAAGGUAUGGAUCCAAAUAUGUUGGUUCAUCAGGAUUCCACCGUGAGUCGUGGCAUCAACGAGGACCUUCUACAAGGCGCGUUGGCAAGCAAGCGUGGUUUAGCUGCUGAGGAUUACCCCGACUGGUGGCAGACAAUCAACGCAAAGCAGGAACAUGGUAACAGUGUUGAUUCCCUAGCGUAUGAAAGAUUAAGAAAAGCCCAAUAUGAACACAUGAGCAUGUUAACAAGUCAACUGCUAAGCAACGAAGGACUGUCGCUGUCCUGGGCCGAGCUUAUCCUGCAGAUAUCGCGGCGGAUAGCAGAGAUGGUCUCGCCCGAUGUUAAGAUGGAUGAAGAUGACAUGGAUAUAAGACAGUAUGUGCAGAUAAAAAAGAUUCCUGGAGGACAAAAAAUCCAGACGAAUAUUGUUCAAGGUGCCGUCUGCUCUAAACAUGUCGCCCACAAAAAGAUGCAGCAAAACAUCACGUCGCCACGAAUACUUCUUCUUAAAGCUGCCAUCGAGUAUCAGAGAAUUGAGAAUAAAUUCUCAUCAUUGGAGCCACAGAUUCUACAGGAGAAGGAAUUCUUAAGGAAUUGCAUUGCAAAGAUUGCCUCACUGCGGCCAGAUAUCUUAAUGGUGGAGAGGACAGUAUCCAGGAUCGCUCAGGAUUUCAUUCUCGAGUCUGGAAUCACAUUGGUGCUAAAUGUCAAGCCGUCUGUGAUGGAGCGAGUGGCCAGGUUCACCCAGGCCGAGGUGGUCCACUCGAUCGAUGGUCUCGUCAGCAAGCCCCGGCUUGGCCUCUGCCAUAACUUUAGGAUCAACUCCUUUGAGCUUCCUAAUGGUAUGACGAAGACGUUGAUGUAUUUUGAUGGGUGUGCAACACACCUUGGAUGCACCGUCACACUCCGGGGCGGAUCAUCUGCCGAACUCAAGCGAGUAAAAAAGAUCCUCCAGUUCGUGAUCUACAUUGCCUACCAUUUCAAACUGGAGACGUCGUUCGUAAUGGACGCAUCGGGUAUGCCGCCAGCCCAUCCCAGCGAGGCCAGCCUCAACAUGGAGUGCUUUGAAAACUCCUCUGAAGACUCUCUUUCCAGCCCUGAGAAACCGGUGAUCGAGACGUUUGAGACGUAUAAUGAUCGACUCAAGCAGGGAUCGUUCAUUGCCAAACUUGUUAAUAAACCAACGACGUUGAGGGACUCCUCACGUGAAACUGCCAAGUUGGCACCUCAGGCAGAGAAUUCUGGUGCUGAUGACAUUCAUGAAAAUGCCGUUGUCAAGGAGAUUACCAUGGAAAAUGAUGUUGAUAAGCAACCAGAAAUUGUUGCUAAGCAACCAGAAGUUGUUGCCAAGCAACCAGACAGUGUUGCUGAGAAUGAGAUUGGAAAAGUAGGCCCAGGUUUUAUGAAAGCAGGAAAUGGACAAUCAGAAAAAGUCAGUAGUAAUACGAAUGGAAAUCGUCUUUCAGUCAUUGAUGAAAAGCCAGAUUCAGCACAUUCUGAGAAAAAGGAUUCCUCGUUGAAACAAAUCGGCCAGGUGACUGAUUUCUCCGACCCCCUACACCACUACCAACAAAACCAAGACGAAUCUGUGUUCAAAACAAGUGAAAAUUCCCUGAAAGAGGAGGUCAAAAAUGACUGCUUUAAAUUCAAAAAGGCUUUAGACGACGCCAUCCUAAGUGGCUCCCCCUAUUUGAGGUAUUCUGUGCCGUAUUUAUUGACGGAAGCCGGCUGUAAGUGUAUUUUGCGCAGUUUCUUCCCGCGUGAGAUUUACUGGUCUGCGACAGUUAAUGGAGAAAGGAUGAGGAGUAAGAAUUUUGAUUUAGAACCGGAGGAAAAGAAUAAUAACACGAGGACGCGGAUAUCCAUUGAGUGGGUUAACCCCCAUCCAUUCGUUCAGUGCACUCUGACGGGGCCGAUAUUUGACAGUAAGAACCAGGCACUGCUAGCUGAUUUCCGUGCCAGAGGUGGUCAGAUCCGAUUACUGAACCGCGUGGAGAUUCGUGAGAAGAUGAAGAGAGGCAACCAGCAGAUGAGCCUCGAGACUCCGAACGAUCAGCCUGUGCCGCUGCCUGCCAAUGGGGUCCGCCUCUGCUGGGAAAGAAAGAUUGACUGUCUUGACCCCUACCAGCACCAGAGGAUCGCUGUUCUAUUCAGCAGUUACUCUUACAUCUCAGCCAAUGCCCCAAAUGCCUGCAUAAAUCCAUGGGUUGUGACGAUGGACUUCUACGGCCGCAACGACAUUACGCUCGGGAACUUCCUGGAGCGCUUCUGCUUUAGAGAUUCCUACCUGUGUCCCAGCGAGGUGUGCGGCACACCCAUGACCGACCACAUCCGCCGAUUCGUUCACGGCACGGGCUGCGUUCACAUCGUACUGAAGAAACUGUCAUCUGCUGCGCUGGGUUAUAGCAACAAUAUCGUCAUGUGGAACUGGUGUCGGAAAUGUAAAAAGAUCACCCAACCAGUUCCAAUGUCAAAUGAAACCUGGUCGAUGUCGUUCGCGAAAUACCUUGAGAUACGUUUCCACGGCAAUGUUUACACGCGGCGAGGCGAAGCCGAGACGUGCGUGCACUCGCUGCACCACGACCACUAUCAAUAUUUCGGAUUCAAGCAGACGGUCGCCGCCUUCAAAUACAGCAACAUCACGUUGAAGGAGAUCGUUCUCCCGCCGCUCAAGGUCGACGUUGUCGAGGAAACAGUUUUACCGGAUACUGCGUUCGAUGAAGUGAGGAGGUUGAAGAUCCGCGUGAAUGAGAUUUACAGCACGGUUAUUGAGCAUUUGUGCCGCCUCGACCUGCCGGAUAUCCCGGCUAAAAUGAUCGCUGAUUACAAGACCCAACUACAUGAUGAACAAAAAAUAAUGCGAGAGCACGUGGAGGCUUUACAGAGUAAAUGUGUUGUCCCAAAGCCCCUAAAGGAGGAGCUACAAGGCGAUGAUGAAGCCUCAUCGGAGAUGGAGGAGGCGAUUACAGAGGUCCAUGAGAAACUAUUUGCCAUCGAAGACUCAAUAGUCCUGCUGAAGAAAAUGAUGGCAGAGGCCGUUACUUCUUGGAACUUAAAAAUCCAAGAUCUUCUCACCUACCAAAAAAAACAGGAAAGAAGUUCAAAGUCAAGUUCGAAAUUCCGCGACUCUGGGACGACGCCAGACUCGAUUCAUCAGCGCGAUUGCGGUACGCCAGACAGCGUCGAUGCCAUGGUAGUUGGCGCCACACCACCGAAAUUCAUUAUCGGGGAGAAUGAAGGGCUGGAUGCGGAUAACGUUAGCCGGGAGACUGGGUCAAUGAUGGAUGCUGAUGCUGAGGUGUCAGAGAGGAGCAGCCUGGAUGGCGAUGUCCUCCAAACUCCUGCUGCAGAUUGUCAAGACAGCCAAGAAGAUGUUGAUUCGUCUUGUUCAUAUAACAAGAGUAAGAUGGAGAAGGAAAUAGAAGAAGCGAUGAUGGAAAAUACCUCCCACGCGCUAACAGUGCCUGGUUCGCACGAUAGUUCCACUUCAAAAGAGGAGAGUUACACCUACAUGGGUGUGAGCCCUGGUAUGAAUGCAGGUAUUUGGUCUCACACGGGAUCCUCCGAGGGGUACCUACUCCCCCCGAUCAAGCUACGGGCGUUCACUGAUUCAAGUAAUGAUUAUGUAUUAGUUCGCCCUCGCGAUGACCCGCUCGAGACAUCAGGUGACCAUUUGGAUGGAAACGCUUCCUCCAGCCUUGCCUCCGACUCCAAGGAGUUUUCCAGCAUUUCCGAUAGCCAGGAUCAAUUAAACCCGAGGAGGAGUCAGUCUGUACUGAUUCUGGAAAGGCAUAAGCCAAUGCUCAGGCAACCAGCUACAUAUGCCCAAGGCCUCGAUGAGAAAACCGAGAAGAAGUCUGUGAAGAAAAUGUUGACUGAUCUACUGACAGGCUCCAUCAAUAAACUCCUUCAGAUGCCUUUCCCCGACGAUGAACAUCACCUCCUGCCAGCCUGCAGGAAAGUGCCCAUCGUCAUUUACGACGAAGAACCAAGCUCUAUCAUUGCAUACUCUCUCAGCUCGCAGGACUAUGAGAUCCAGAGGCAAGAGUUACUGCUGAUGAUGCAGAGGGAGAAGUCAGUGAACUCGGCAGCAUCAAGCCCUGCGACGAAAAGAAAAACCAACGGAACCAAUGACUCAGAUUCAGAUACAGGCUCAAAGAACAAGAGUAACGCCGUUCUGUCGUUCUUCCGGAGCGCUUCUAAUAAGGAGCGCGAGCGAAGUCCGGGUCGGCCCGUCAAGGCGUCCGAGGUGGAGACGGUCAAAUAUACGCGCAAACUAGACAGUGAUAAUGUUGAACUGGACCAAGACAUUGAUGAGCCAGACUUUGCAUUCUACAGCACUAAUGAUGCCGAGAAAACUAAGGGACCUAAUCCUCACGUUGAACUACAAUUUUCCGACACCAAUGCCAAGUUCUACUGCCGUGUCUACUUUGCUGAGCAGUUUCGUCAGCUGAGAAAGCUGAUCUUCCCUGCAGGAGAGGAGAGGUAUAUCCGGUCCCUGUCGCGGUGCAUCCACUGGAUGGCUAGAGGUGGCAAGUCCGGCUCCGCAUUCUGCAAAACCCGCGAUGACCGGUUCGUCCUGAAGCAGAUGUCUCGCUUGGAAGUGCAGUCGUUUGUUGAUUUUGCGCCAAAGUAUUUCCAGUACAUGACCAUGACACACAAUGAAGAGAAACCAACCGCCCUGGCGAAAAUCUUUGGCGUCUACCGAGUCGUGUUCCGUAACUCGCAGACCAACACGGCCUCGAAACAAGACUUGCUCGUCAUCGAGAAUCUCUUCUAUGGUCGCCGAAUCUCUCAGGUGUUCGACUUGAAGGGGUCGGUGCGGAAUAGGCUCGUCAACACUCAGGGGAAGAGGGAGGAAGACCUGGUCUUGUUGGAUGAAAACUUGCUCAAGUUGAUUGUCGAUUCUCCACUGUACAUCCGGCCACAUUCGAAGACAGUAUUGACCCUUGCAAUCACCAACGACACACAGUUCCUCUCCAGCCAUCUUGUCAUGGACUAUUCACUCCUUGUUGGGCUGGACAGCGCAAAGAAGGAACUGGUCAUCGGGAUCAUAGAUUAUAUACGAACGUUCACCUGGGACAAGAAGCUAGAAAUGGUCGUGAAAUCGACUGGACUCCUCGGUGGGCAGGGCAAAAUGCCAACCGUCGUCUCACCAGAGCUGUACCGCACACGCUUCCUCGAAGCAAUGGAUAGAUACUUUCUCUUGGUGCCGGAUCAGUGGUCGGGUUUGGGCAGGAAUGUGGACUGUUAACCCAAGGACUGGGUCGAAAAUUGGAUGAUGUAAUAUUAACCUGAUAAUGUGCAAUCUAUCAUGAAUUAAAAGGUCACAUUGUGCUUUGCAA